AUGCGCUCCUUGCCGUUCGACGCCAUCAUGCACUCUGCAACAGAGAUCAUGACACCGCUCCCUGCGCGAGCUCGGGCGAGCAUGUUCUUGGAGGUCACCCCGGCAAUGUCAAGACGACACCACUCGACGCCGCUUGCGUCUUUUCUGGAAAGACAUCCUCGAUCUGCCAGCUCCUUCGACGAGGAUGCGGCCCAGGAGGCCCAGGACAAUGAAACGGGCGUGGUGACGGUCCAGCAACAUGACUGCGGGUACUGCUUGGGCACGGGCGAAAAGCGCUGCUGUGAAUUUCAAGAGGAAGGUACCUGCACCAACUGCUGCAAAGAGCACUUCACCACCGACCUAUACUGCAGGAUGAACUGCGCCAGGAUGUGCCGGCGAGGCAUCUUUAAGGGGUUCGCUGGCGGCAAGCAGGACGUCCCCGUUUGCCCGGUGGGCGAGCCCAAUGAGGCAAUCCAGACUUUCGACCUCAAAAGUAUGAAGACGGGCAAAAUGUCCAUCAUUCCUGACAAGUACGUGCACCCCUACAUGGACUGGAAGGGCGAGAAAUACGAGAAGGAGUGGCUCGAGAAUCAUCCGCCGGAGCCCAGUGAUGCAGCCAAAGGCGCAGGAAAGGGUGGAGGAAAGAGUAAGUCUUUGUCCUCCUUUGACGCGAGCCCAGCGGAGACGUGA